AUGCUGUUCCUGUUAGCAAUAAUGAUCACCAUGUGCGCUUGCAGACACGUGGGUGGGACACAAGUGUCGAGGGCAUUUGUUUGGUCCAACCUGGUUUUGGUGUUUUUCGUGUUAUUUAGUGUUCAUGCGCUUUAUUAUCUCAAGGUCACCGUUUCGAGGCGCGACAUUACCGAUUAUCUCCUCACAUGGACACUGAUGAUGGUAUCUUGGUGUCUCCUGAUUGUGAACGUGGCCUACUGGUCCCACUCGUUUUGCCGGUGCCGACAUCGACCUGAAUCAGCUGGUGAUGAACUCGAAUACUGCAUUACUACUGUCGAUUGGGGCGGAUGGUGGAUCAUUGUGGUCUGCUGUGCAUUGUCGAUGUUCCACUUGUCGUGCGAAUGGUCCUACCGAUACUUGACUGCGAGGGGUGGAUAUCUUAGCCAGUUUUGA